AUGUCAGAUCUAACCAGAGAAAUCUUAUGGGCAGGCCGGAAAAAUGUUGUGAUUUAUGUCAGCGGUGGCUUGAUCGGUGAUGCCACAAUCAACUGUGGCUUUGUUGGCAACUCAAGUAGGCCUGAUCACGGCCGUGAAUGGGUUGGAGAAAAUUGGGAACAGAAUUCAUAUCAGGCCAAUGAACAAACUCUGCUUUUCAUGGCAACGCAGCUGAAUCUGUCCCCGUCGGAGUUCAAGCAUCUUGAUGACUGA